AUGUGUCCUUCCGCUGCCAACAAAAGCACUAGCUAGCCGACUACAAAAAAACGGCAAUCGGAAAAACGUACACUGUAAAUCUUCUGCAAUGAAACAGCUUUUCUAAGAAUUCACAUGUAUUUAUUUAAUAGAAACUUUUUUAUUUCUAGAUCUAUAUAUUUGUGGCGGUAGGAUAUAUAUAUUCUAAACCUCUACAUAUAUAUAUUUUUCCUCCGUUGGAAGCCAUGAUGGAAGCGUGAGAGAAACGCAAAAAGAAGAUGCUUCCCGGGACAUAUGUCAAACGAGUCUGUGCAAAUAGUUGGUCUUUGUAUAGCCAUUAUACAUGCACAUUGGAGCCUGACACUUUUUCGCGUGUAUUUUGGCAAUCCAUCGGCGAAGAUGUUGAUUCGCUAGGUUUUUGGAUUUUUUAAAAAGUGGGUAGCUAUUGCAGCUCGCUAGAUGGCUAGCUAAGUCUGAGUGGAUACGGUAACUAAUUACUCCUGGGCUUUCCAAGGGCCGGUAGUCUUCAAAUUCGAGCGAGCGCCGGAGAGUUAUCUCCUCGCUGGUCGGUCAAUCACGGCAGCUUCGGUAGAUCAAGAGAUUCCGACCGUCUUAUGCCUUACGGUUAGGCGGGAGGAUUAUUGUAUGUAUUUUUCAAGGGGGAGUUGCAAGACAAAUUCCAGUAUUGGGAAAGUUUGGCCUGCGCGGAAGAGCAGAGCAAGGCCCGUCUCUAUGAUCCAGAGAAAAAGCCAUUCUAGCUAGCUAACGCGUUAAUCCUACUCACGACGACGACCACUGCUGGCUUGUCUCACUGCGAGGAAGGAGCUGCAAAAUCAAAAAAGCAAAGGGCGAUCGAGAGGCAAAGCCAUUGCAAACCGAAGCAACGGCAGCUAGCUAACUUUUCAUAAUUUGAAACCCACAGACUCCUAUCACUAGCCAGCAAGCUAGUUAGCUACAAUGGCUGCGAUAAUAAAAGAAAUGGUCAGCCGGAACAAAAGGAGAUACCAGGAGGAUGGGUUCGACUUGGACUUAACAUAUAUCUAUCCAAACAUCAUUGCUAUGGGCUUUCCUGCAGAACGACUCGAAGGAGUGUACAGAAACAAUAUAGACGACGUUGUACGGUUUCUUGACUCAAAACAUAAAAGCCAUUAUAAGAUUUACAAUCUUUGUGUAGAACGACACUAUGAUGCUGCCAAAUUUAACUGCAGAGUUGCACAGUACCCCUUUGAAGACCACAAUCCGCCUCAGCUAGAGCUCAUCAAGCCAUUCUGUGAAGAUCUGGACCAGUGGCUGAGCGAGGAUGACAAUCAUGUGGCGGCCAUCCACUGCAAGGCAGGGAAGGGCCGCACUGGGGUGAUGAUCUGCGCCUACCUCCUGCACCGCAGCAAGUUCCAAGAGCCCCAGGAGGCCCUCGACUUCUAUGGGGAAGUGCGGACAAGAGACAAGAAGGGAGUGACAAUCCCGAGCCAACGGCGCUAUGUGUACUACUACAGCCACCUGCUGAAGAACAAGCUGGACUACAAGCCAGUGGCUCUGCUCUUCCAUAAAAUGGUUUUUGAGACGCUGCCAAUGUUCAGCGGAGGCACCUGCAGGGACAGUACCAUUAAAAACAGGAGCGAGCCGAUCCCUCUGGGCUUCAAGAAAGGGAAUUGGAAUUGGGAUCCUCAGUUUGUGGUGUAUCAACUUAAAGUCAAGAUCCACACAUCCAACCCGGCUCACACACGGAGGGAAGAAAAGCACAUGCUAUUUGAGUUUCCCCAACCGCUGCCCGUGUGUGGAGACAUCAAAGUGGAGUUCUUUCACAAGCAAAACAAAAUGAUGAAGAAGGAUAAGAUGUUCCACUUCUGGGUUAACACCUUCUUCAUUCCUGGGCCAUCGGAGGAGAGCAUGGAGAAGGUGGAGAACGGGUCGGUGGUGGUGGUGGUGAACGACAUGGAAGGGGUCCAGAACCAGCCCCCGGGCGGCCCCCAUGCCCAGCCCCCCCAGAGCACCAAGCGCAGGGACAGCGGCAAAGACAGUGACGGGGACUACCUCAUCCUCGCACUGACCAAGAAUGACCUGGACAAGGCCAACAAAGACAAAGCUAACCGCUACUUCUCACCUAAUUUCAAGGUGAAGUUGUAUUUCACAAAAACCAUGGAAGAUUCUUUGAAUUCCGAGGUGAGCACUUCGACAUCCGUCACUCCGGACGUUAGCGACAAUGAGCCUGACCAUUAUCGAUAUUCCGACACCACUGACUCUGAUCCGGAAAAUGAACCUUUUGACGAGGAACAGCACACGCAAAUCACAAAAGUGUGAACUUUUUUUAACAGGAAAAAGAUGUACACCAGAGGAAAAAAAGGAGAGAACUUGAAUAUGAACUCAAAAGAAGAACCUUUGUCCCCCUACCUCCCCCAAAAUGGCAAUAGAGCAUCAUCAUGUCAAAUGCCAAUUUUAGUUUAAAAAAUUAUUAUCCUGACCAAUAUGUUUUUAUUAUUUUCUUUGGCGCGGCCGUGUACCAUGCGCAAAGUAUUGACACUGUUGGCCCAUGGGGAAAGGUGCUUGUGUGUGUGUAUAUAUGUGUGUGUGUGUGUAUGUAUGUAUGUAUGUAUGUAUAUAUAUAUAUAUAUAUAUAUAUAUAUAUAAAAAGUUUGGACACCUACUCAUUCCAAGGUUUUUCAUUUUUACUGUUUUAUACAUUGUAGAAUGAUAGUGAAGACAUCAAACUAUGAAAUAACACAUAUGAAAUAAUGUAGUAACCAAUAGUGUUAAACAAAUCCAAAUAUAUUUUAUAUUUGAGAUUCUUCGAAGUAGCCAACCUUUGCCUUGAUGACAGCUUUGCACACUCUUGGCAUUCUCUCAACCAGCUUCAUGAGGUAAUCACCUGGAAUGCAUUUAAAUUAACAGGUGUGCCUUGUUAAAAGUUCAUUAAAGUUAAUGCGUUUCAGCCAAUCAGUUGUGUUGUUACAAGGUAGGGUUGGUAUAUGGAAGAUAGCCCUGUUUUGUAAAAGACUAAGUCCAUAUGAUGGCAAGACCAGCUCAAAUAAGCAAAGAGUCCAUUACAUGCUACAGUCCAUUAUAUGAAGGUCAGUCAAUCUGGAAAAUCAAGAACUUAAAGUUUCUUCAAGUGCAGUCGCAAAAACCAUCAAGCACUAUGAUGAAACUGGCUCUCAUGAAGACCGCCACAGGAAAGAAAGAAAGAGUUACCUCUGCUGCAGAGGAAAGUUCAUUAGAGUCACCAGCCUCAGAAAUCGGCAAUUAACUGCACCUCAGAUUGCAGCCAAAAUAAAUGUUUCACAGAAAUCAAGUAACAGAAUGUGUUCUUAACUGACUUGCCUAGUUAAAUAAAAUAAAUAAACAGACAUCUCAAUAUCAACUGUUCAGAAGAGACUGAAUCAGCUCUUCAUGGUCGAAUUGCUGCAAAGAAACCACUACUAAAGGACACCAAUAAGAAGAAGAGACUUGAAACACGGGCAAUGGACAUUAGACCGGUGGAAAUCUGUCCUUUGGUCUGGAGUCCAAAUUGGAGAUUUUUUAUUCCAGACACCAUGUCCUUGUGAGAUGCAGAGUAGGUGAAUGGAUGGUCUCUGCAUGUGUGGUUCCCACCGUGAAGCAUGUAGGAGGAGGUGUGGGGAUGCUUUGCUGGUGACACUGAUUUAUUUAAAAUUCAAGGCACACUUAACCAGCAUGGCUAACAAAGCAUUCUGCAGCGAUAUGCCAUCUCAUCUGGUUUGGGCUCAGAGGGACUAUCAUUUGUUUUUCAACAGGACAAUGACCCAAAACAUACCUCCAGGUCAAAAAGGGCUAUUUGACCAAGAAGAAGAGUGAUGGUGCUGCAUCAGGGGCGGCAGGUAGCCUAGUUGGACCAGAGUGUUGGGCCAGUAACUGGAAGGUUGCUAGAUCUAAUCCGUAAGCUGACAAGGUAAAAAUCUGUCGUUCUUCCCCUGAACAAGGCAGUUAACCUACUGUUCUUAGUCCGUCAUUGUAAAUAAGAAUUUGUUCUUAUCAGACUUGCCUAGUUAAAUAAAAUUAAAAAUCAGAAGACCUGGCCUCCACAAUCACCUGACCUCAACCCAAUUGCGAUGGUUUGGGAUGAGUUGGACCACAGAGUAAAGAAAAAUCAGCCAACAAGUGCUCAGCGUAGGUGGGAACUCCAAGACUGUUGGAAAAGCAUUUCAGGUGAAGCUGGUUGAGAGAAUGCCAAGAGUGUCAAAGCUGUCAUAAAGGCAAUGGGUGGCUACUUUAAAUAAUCUAAAAUAUAUUUUGAUUUGUUUAAUACUUUUUUUGGUUACUACAUGAUUCCAUAUGUGUUAUUUCAUAGUUUUUGUGUCUUCACUAUUAUUCUACAAUGUAGAAAAUAGUAAAAGUAAAGAAAAACCUUGAAUAAGUAGGUUUGUCCUAACUUGACUGGUACUGUAUGUCUCUCACUACAUGACCAAAAGUAUGUGGACACGUGCUCAUCGAACAUCUCAUUCCAAAAUCAUGGGCAUUGAUAUACAUUUGGUCCCCCCUUUGCUGCUAAUACAGCCUCCACUCUUCUGGGAAGGCUUUCUACUAGAUGUUGGAACAUUGCUGCAGGGACUUGCUUUCAUUCAGCCACGAGCAUUAGUAAGGUUAGGCACUGAUGUUGAGCGAUUAGGCCUGGCUCGCAGUCGGCGUUCCAAUUCAUCCAAAGGUGUUCGAUGGGGUUGGAAGCACAGAAUCGUCUAGAAUGUCAUUGUAUGCUGUAGCAUUAAUAUUAUCUUCACUGGAACUAAGGAACAUUAUUCCUCCUCCACAGAACUUACAAGUUGGCACUAUAUGCAUUGGGGCAGCUACUGUUCUCCUGGCAUUCUCCAAACACAGAUUUGUCCGUCAGACUGCCAGGUGAACGCGUUUCCACUGUUCCAGAGUCCAAUGGUGCUGCGCUUUACCCCACUCCAGCCAACGUUUGGCAUUGCACAGGUUAUUCUUAGGCUUGUGUGCGUGCGGCUGCACAGCCAUGGAAACCCAUUUCAUGAUUCUCCCGACGAACAGUUCUUCUGCUGAUGUUGCUUCCAGAGUUAGUUUGGAACUCUGUAGUGAGUGUUGCAACCCAGGACAGAUGACUUGUACACGCUUCAGCACUCAGCGGUCAUGUUCUGUGAGCUAGUGUGGCUUACCAUUUCAUGGCUGAGCCUUUGUUGCUCCUAGACAUUUCCACUUCACAAUAACAGCACUUACAGUUGACAGGGGCAGCUCUAGCAGGGCAAAAAAAUUACUAACUGACUUGGUGGAAAGGUGGCAUCCUAUGACUGCCACGUUGAAAGUUACUGAGCUCUAAAGUAGGGCCAUUCUUAUGCCAAUUUUUGUCUCUGGAGAUUGCAUGGCCGUGUGCUCUAUUUCAUAUACCUGUCAGCAACAAGCGUUGCUGAAAUAGCCGAAUCCACUCAUUUGAAAGUGUGUCCACAUACUUUUGUAUAUAUUGUGUGUGCGGUGCUUAAUUUGCGCUGGAUCAACUCUGUUUUGGACUAUUUUGUUUCCGGGAAAAUAUUUGGCCAGAUCCAGUAACUCUCAGUUGCAUGACAAAUAAUUGUACAUUUUUGCAAUGUUAAAAUUCGAACAAAAGCGCUAAGUUCAUCCGAGUUGCCAAUUCGUUAAUUAUCCUGCCCCAACAAUGUAAUGUGACAAAUAACAUUUUCAGCUCCGGCCUAAUAUUCUAAGAGUAGAUUCGGUUUGGGCCGCCCAGGGUUUAUGGUUUGUGCAACAUUGUAACCUAUGUUUGAGACCAACGCGUGGCAAUGGCUCCGUGAGAAGCAGGCCAAUGUCUCUUACAUAACUACAAUGAGAUUAACUUUAUAUGAUCUCUCUCCCUCUCUGCUGUGAUAGAUGUGAGCCUGCAACUCAUCUCUCCAGUGUUGCACUUCAUCAUUUAUUUCCUUAUAGAAUCGUACGAAGGGUUCUGAAGCAACUGCAGCACCCUUGAUGAAUUUAGAUAUAUUUGCCAAAGUUAUAUAAUCACUGCUGUCUGUUCAGAAAUAAAUGAAAUAAUUCAGAACAGCCUACUGCACCACGAGAAGGCCUAUUAUUUAGCUACAGAGGAUCAAUAGCUUCUUUAAAAAAAUAACCUAGCUGUGGAUUGUAGCCCAAUAACAAGAAAUAGCCUACAGUCGGGAACGCGCAGCAAAUCUGUCAGUGAAAAAAACGAAUGCAGACAAAACAGGCCUUUCACAAUAUUUAAAGUACAAUCGAGGGAAAACACAAGUUGGAAAGCAAAUGGCUCAUGGUGAAAAUAGGAGACUAUGCUGUAGGCUACCAAAAUAUUUGAUCAACUUCCAAAUAUUGUAUUACAAGGUAAAAGGGAGAGAGGCUUUUGGCAUGAGCGCUUCAGCCAUCACCAGGGAGUGAGCUGUGCAUCACUGGGUGAGUCAGUAACACUGGAAAUCAUUUUUAGGACUAUUAUUUCCUCAUAUUGUAGCCUACAUUAUGUUUCUCCACACACCUAGGCCUAGGCUAUUGAUGGAUUUAAGGCAGGGUCGUUUUUAUUGAUCUCAGAUUCUCAGUUUGCUGGUGUCCAAGUAGCCUGCCAUUUUUAUCAUUUGUGUGGUAUUAAAAAAUAUUAUGCCAAAGUCUGCAGUCAUGUAAAAUUUACUUAGAAUUGCAUGAAAUGUGUUUAUGAAAGGCCAAAUUUUUCCAGGACCCUAGGCUACUAAAAAUGCUAUCCAUGUGUGCAACUUCUGUAAGUGCCUCUGCUCUAUGGCACUUUUUCUCAUGCGUUCCAGAACCUCUGAACUCCCUAGGUCACCCACCUCUCUCUGUUUUUGUUCCGGCACCUCCCGAUUUACAAAUUAAGCUGUGUGUGUGUGUGUGUAAACAGACUUUGUGUCAAAGACGAUGGAAACGAGUAACAAUCAGGACUACGCUCCUUCUGUCAAAACCAAGGCCAGUGCUGCAGUCACUUUGUUUCUAUUCCUGUCUUCUCUCUCCCCUUUUCCUCCUCCUACCCUUGCCCCCACACCUUUUCCUCCUACCCACGCCCCCACACCUUUUCCUCCUACCCACGCCCCCACACCUUUUCCUCCUCCUACCCACGCCCCCACACCUUUUCCUCCUACCCACGCCCCCACACCUUUUCCUCCUCCUACCCACGCCCCCACACCUUUUCCUCCUCCUACCCACGCCCCCACACCUUUUCCUCCUCCUACCCUCGCCCCCACACCUUUUCCUCCUCCUACCCACGCCCCCACACCUUUUCCUCCUCCUACCCACGCCCCCUCACCUUUUUCUCCUCCUACCCACGCCCCCACACCUUUUCCUCCUACCCACGCCCCCACACCUGUUCCCUCAUCCUCCUUUACUGUGAAUGCUUCUCGUGCCCUUUGCAGGCUGUCACGCGACGAGGACUUUUGGCCUUUGAAGCUGCAUGAAGGCGGUGCGUUGGGGACGUGGUAGAGUUAUGAAGAGGCUAAUGUCUAAAGCAUUGCCAUUCCUUUUCCCACUGUGUAUAUGUUUAAAUUAUGCAGAACAAGGCAUCCCAUUUAAUUGUCAAUGUUUUUUUGUUUUUUUCUAAAAUAAAAAAUAUAAUCCACGAAACAGCAGGGAGACAAGCGUUGCAAUGUCAACACUUUAUAUACAUUUAAAGGACUGUGGCAGUGUGCAUGUAUUGGAAUUUAGCGUCCAUCCCUAAUAAAUGAAUGCAAUGUAUUUUCUUGCAGAAACACGUUUUCCAAUGUAAGCGCUCAAGUUAUCCUGUGGAUUGACUGGUCUUGUUGGGGUGAAUUGCAUCAUGGAGGGGGGAGAGGAGAAUAUGACAUGAAAGCUCAUCCAAUAGCAAUGCAGUGUGGACCACCACUGAUGACAGACAUGAGCUCUUGGCUCCUUUGAUCUUGUCCCACACUGGGCUACCAUUAUAGAGGUCUAACUCACAUGCAACUACACUGAACAAAAAUAUAAAGGCAACAUGUAUUGUUGUUUCAUGAGCUAAAAUAAAAGAUCCCAGAACUGUU